AUGGCGACAGUGAGCCGAUUCUCCCUUUGGCGCUUCCCAGUUUACAGGCGGCGAUAGAGCGCUCAUUUAUUGUACAAGAGAAGAAGAAUGGUAGGGUCCCUCUGAAGAAGACGGGGAAACGACCUACGAAGGGCACUUGAUAACAAGUGCUGAAGGAAAUAACGGAAAAUAGAUAAAAAUGGAAUUUAAGGAUCACGCUUACACCAGCACCACUUAUGAUAAAGUCAACCCCGUGGAGUUCACAUAUAAAAUGAAUUCAAAAGAAAUCGAAGACUUUGUGAAGCUGAGGGUUUCAAAUAAUUUCCUCUUUUCUGGAAAAAGAAACACUUCCAUGUGGGCAUGGAGGGCCAUCCUGAAACAUAUGGGAUUACAACAAAAGAUGAAUCAUAGUCAAGCAUCCAAAAAAUGGGAAAACAUGAAGAAGAGGUAUAAGGAGCUAAAGAACCCUCAAGAUGGGGUGAAAGUGUUCCCUGAAAUGUGGCCUCAUUUCACCUUAAUGGAUGACGCUAUGGAGGGUCGGCUGGAAGGCAAUGCCCCCAUCCUGAAGGCUUUCCCCAGCAAUAAAGACAACAGUGAUUUCUUACCCAUCUCCAAACCCAAGAGGAGGAAGGUAUCCAUGGUGACAUCCUCCCCUACACCUUCGGUAGGAAGUGGGCCGGAAAUUGAGGUUUCACUGAAUGAGGAUGAGGAGGUGGUGCAGGACGAAAGCAAGGACUGUAGACCGCAUCAUGCAAGAGGGGAGGACAAGAGGAACAUGAUGGAUAGCGAAAGACGUGUGAUGGAAAAGGAGAAACAGGUGAUGGAAAGGGAGCGGCUGUUGCUGGAGAGGGAGAGGGCGACGCUGGACCGGGACGUCGCCGCUCUGGACCGAGACCGAGCCCUGCUGGAAAGAGAGAGGGCGACGAUAGAGAGGGAGAGGGCAGUGAUGGAGAGGGAGAGGGCGAUGGUGGAGAGGGACAGAGAUGCUGUGUGCAGGGACCGGCUGGCUGUGGAGGGAGAGAGAGCCAGGCUGGAGAGACUUUUUGCACCAAAAGAAAGGACUGAGGAAGUUACAGAAAACAGCAGUGAGCAAAGCAAAGUGAAAGACACAGAUGUCAAGGACAGGAAGGAACGGUUCCUUUAUUUGUUGGAAAAACUUAUUGAAAAAUUUUGAGAAU